AUGAACACAAUAACAAAAAUUAGUGCCGGUUUGGCAUGGGUGUUGUCCAGCGCAAGUGCAGAAUAUACAGAAUGGUGUCAAGCUGCACCAGAACACGGCAAGCCGGAGUUUGCGGUUUGUGCACCUCAUGGAGCUGGGACAGCAAAUUAUAUGAUUGAGAUCGUCCCUUCAUUCGGCUCAGGGGUGGAUCUUGCAAACGAUGUGAGCAUUCAAAUUGUGGGAAGCACGGGAAGAAUGACGCCUCUAAUAUCCAUCGCCUCUACGAAAUCCGGGACACACAAGCGCAUAUUUACCGAGUCCCUUGACAUUGGGGACCCCGAGGAAAUUCGUGCUGUGCUGACAGGGAGUCGGCCGUGGAAAUGCCAAAGGAUGAUUGUGUGGAAGGACUUCAGAUACUGGAUGUUUGAUUGUAUCGGCACGCUAACAAGCAAGCAUCGCGAAUCAACAUUCACAAUGUCGGGUAAUAAGAUGUACGAAGCCAUAAUUCAGACCGGAAACGAUGAACAAGCGGGAACCAUCGGAUCCAUUGAGCUAACAAUGACGGGCACACUCCGCCAAGCCAGUCCAAAAAUUGUAUUGGAAGGAGUAAAACCUGGGGAAGAACAGAAAGUUGCUUUUCGGGCUUCUGAUGUUGGCGACAUUCAGUCUAUUUUGCUCUACAAUUCAGCCGCUGAUGACCCCUGGUUUUGCGAAAGCUUGAGGAUAGUAAUAGAUGGUGGCAGCGUCACCUCGUUUUCAGUGAAACGGUGGAUUGGCAGUCCGUUCCAGUCGUCCGUUGUGGUGACCCUUCGGCCGUCUUUGGACACAGACAUGUCGCCUCAAGACGUGCAGUGCCACACAAGGGGCACCGAUCUCGUCAGCAUGGCCCCAAGUCACCUGGAAACCUUCAAAGUCCGGUGUCCAAUGAACUGCUCAGCGGCUGGAUUUGGACUCGCUGAGGGAGCAUCGAUCCAUCCGGGAUCCUCUUCGGUCUGUGCGGCUGCUGAAUCCGACGGUGUCACUUCUGCAUCAGGCGGAGUCCUCGUCGUUACUGUGGUUGGUCCACUCCCCCAGUAUUCGGGCAUUAAGCCCCUGAAGCCUGGAGAAGAGCAGCACGCGUUCGAGCUCUCUCCCGGGGCAAGGGGUGAUACAUUCAGCUUUUUCCUUUACAGAAGCGACUCAAUUGAUGACAUCGUCAGCGACAUCAGAGUGGUAGACGCGCACGGAAAGCUCUCCGCAAGUGGACGACUCGAAUUGCGUCGAAAUGGAGUGUGGGGAACCGUAUGCAAGCAGGGCGCCUUUAUGGUCUUCACUGAAGACUCAGCACGUAAAGCGUGCCAUCAAAUGGGAUAUUUACACGGAAUGUACCACGAAGAUGGCUGCCUAAAUCUGUAUGGUCACAACGUUUGUGCUGGUUCUCGAUAUCCAGUCGCUGCAGCAGAAAAAUCAUUUUACGAUUGCACGUUUGAAGAGCCGACGCAAGAGUGCACAAAUCAUAAACAAGAUGUCGCAAUAGUAUGCUCAAAUAAUCCGCCAGCCGAGCCCAUUUAUGGGGCGCUUAGGAUUGUAAAUGAAGACGGGUCCCCUGCUCUUGAUGGGACAGGACGCCUUCAGGUUUAUAAGAACGGGUGGGGCAGCAUUUGCGAUGAUGGAUGGACGAAAGAAUCGGAGCGAGUAGCCUGCAUGCAAAUGGGUUACACUGGCAUGAAAAAUGGCGGUCUCUCUGGGAAAAGCUGCGAAGAUAUCAAUGGACUCAACUUUUGCGGCUUACAAGAAGAGCCGAUACAUAUGGUUAACGUUGCUUGCGAGGGCGACGAAGCUGUAUUACGAAGCUGCUCUCAUGAAACGAAGUCUGAUAUUUACUGCGCACAUAGUGAAGAUGUUGUGGUGUCUUGCCGCGGUGAUGGAGACCCAACUGGAACCGGAGCUGGAAAGAAGGAGGAUCUACCUGACGUCGUCAAACGGAAGUACAGGCCUAUCAUGCAGCUGGCUUGCUCUGAUAGAGCUGUCUCCAAGAAGGGCAUGAUUGGAGAGCCUGGCGCUGUGUUUCUUGGAUUCUGUCCAAGUGGAUGCGGCGAGGAGCCGGCAGAAAUUCGUGGCACCUUUGUUUACACUGAUGAUUCAUCGAUUUGCAAAGCAGCUAUCCACGCAGGGGCUAUUGGGCACAACGGUGGCGAGAUUGCAAUAGUUUUGGGCUAUGGACAGCAAUCCUAUUGGGGAUCCACACGCAAUGGAGUAACAAGCGAAACCAGCGAAGCACAAACCAAAUCAUGUAAGGUGUUGCGUGGACCGCAACAUUUGGGGAGGCAUAGAGUUGGGGCUCAUCUAAUGACUUCAGGGACAGCUUUCCGGUUGCAACAAAUGGAGCAGCAGGGCACGCCAAUAGAGAUACCCCCCAAAUUUGAGUGGGGUGCACCACAAGACUUUGCAGGGUUUAGAGGAAAAAGAGGCGAUUUCGUUGACCUGAGUGAACUUCCGGGGUCCACUGAAAUAGCCGGGUUCAGCGAUUUUACUAUUGCUGUACACGCAUGCAUUAAAGGCGGGAAAGGCCACUGGCGAACAAUGGUUUCGCACAGCGGAUGUGGCGGGUUACUGCUUGCGGUAAACGAAGCGGGAGAAAUAGUUUUGGAGCACAACUGCGAUCCUCACAUCAUUAGCACCGGCAUUGUGCCAGCAGUAGACGAAAGAUUUCACCUGGUAGUGACGUUCUUCUCUCCAGAGAAGAGGGUUUCGAUCUACUACAAUGGAGAGAAAGUGGUUUCUGAACUGACAGACUUCGACUUCAAUAUCAAGAAAAAUAUCAUCAUCGGCCGUGCGGCGUCCACAGACACAGACUAUUUCGUGGGCACCAUCUCUAGCCUGCAGGUGUUCAACAACGUGCUUUCACCUGACCAAGUCAAAUUCCUUGCUACGCAAGUCCCCGAAGCUGUUCCCACGACAGACAUUUUGUCGGGGGGUGAAAGAAGAACUGUAGACGGCCGUGUGUGUCUCUCUCCGUGCUCCCCGGAGGAGCCUUUUUUGGAAGGAGAGCAUCAGUGGCCUCACCCUACAAAUCCGGCAGUUCUGUUAUCCUGCACAGACAACGGAUGGCUGCCUGCUUUUAACGGUUUUACUGAUUCACGCUUUCUCAUCACGUGUCCUGAGGACUGCCACAAGGCGAAAGCUCCUCUCAAGGGGAAUAAAGUUUACACCCCGGAUUCUUCAGUCUGCAAAGCUGCAAUCCACGUUGGGGUCUUGGAUCUGCAUGGCGGGGAGGCCGUUCUUGUGGUGCACAAUGGCAUCAACAACUACGCUUCUGCCCAAGGGAAACACGAUGAUGGAUCCCUGGUAAUGCACAUGAAGAUCGACGAGCUGAUCCUGGUAUCCUGUCCCCCUGGAUGCCUGGCGGCUUCGGAUGCCCGCGUAUACGGCACAAAAAUAUACAGUCCCCUAUCUUCCGUCUGCCGAGCAGCAAUUCAUGCCGGAGCACUGGGAGCGGAUGGAGGGCAAGUGGAGAUUAGGGCUAUGCCGAAACAUGACACUUUCAGUGGAAGCGAACAAAACGGAGUUGUCUCCUUGAAAGGCGACAGUUACCUCCGAUCCUUCGAGUUCAGAAUGCCAAAACACGCUGGGCAUUCAAAUCACUAG